UUGUUUGUUGGUUUUAGAGAUGGUGAAGAAAACCUUAGGCCGCCAAAAGAUUGAGAUGGUGAAAAUAAAAGAUGAGAGCAAUCUCCAAGUAACCUUCUCAAAACGUCGGUCUGGUCUCUUCAAAAAGGCUAGUGAACUUUGUACUCUUUGUGGUGUUGAAAUCGCCAUUAUAGUAUUUUCACCUGGCAAUAAGGUCUUCUCUUUUGGCCACCCUGAUGUUGAAAACAUUCUCAACCGUUAUGUCCACAACACAAAGGAUACUUCUCCAACUUGGCAGCUCAUUGAGGCUCAUCGUAAUGCUAUUAUCCUUCGGCUCAACGCGCAGCUUACUGAGAUGAUGAGCCAAAUAGAAGCCCAAAAAAAGCGUGGCGAAGAGCUUGACAAAAUGAGGAAAGCAAGCCAAGAGCAAAACUGGUGGGAGUCCCCCAUUGAAGAACUUAGCCUCCCACAACUCCAGUUUCUGAGAUCAGCCAUGGCAGAGUUGAAAAAGAUCGUGCAAAGGGAAGCUGAGCAACUUAUCAUUCAGAAUACAAAUUGCCAGCAGCUUUUCCCUGGGAGUUCAAGCCAAGGAACGAACACAAAUUCAAAACAGUUUUUCAUUGGGAGUUCAAGUCAAGAAAUGGAUACAAAUCGACAACAAUUUUUUCCUGGGAGUUCAAGUCAAGGAAUGGAUACAAAUCCACAACAGUUUUUCACUGGAAGUUCAAGCCAAGGAAUGGAUACAAAUCCACAACAGUUUUUCACUGGGAGUUCAAGCCAAGGGAUGAAUACAAAUCCACAACAUCCACCACAGUUCUUCUCUCCCCCACAACAUCCACCACAGUUCUUCACUAGGAGUUCAAGCCAAGGGAUGGAUACAAAUCCGUUCACUAGGAGUUCAAUCCAAGGGAUGGAUACAAAUCCACAACUUUUCAAUGAGAAGUCAAGCCAAGGAAUGGAGACAAAUCCACAACAUCCACCACAGUUCUUCACUGGGAGUUCAAUCCAAGGGAUGGAUACAAAUCCACAACAAUUUUUCACUAGGAGUUCAAGCCAAGGAAUGGAUACAAAUCCACAUCUACCACAGUUCUUCACUGGGAGUUCAAUCCAAGGGAUGGAUACAAAUCCACAACAGUUUUUCACUAGGAGUUCAAUCCAAGGGAUGGAUACAAAUCCACGACAGCUUUUCCAUGAGAAGUCAAGCCAAGGAAUGGAUACAAAUCCGCAACAGUUUUUCACUGGAAGCUCAAUCCAAGAGAUGGAUAGAAAUCCAUCAUUGUUUUUCAUUGGGAGUUCAAGCCAAGGAGGGACUCCUAAUUAUGAGACAAUGAACAACAAUAUGGGAUUGAAUGCAAAUAGGAUGGGUGGGGAAUACAUUGAUCCGAAUAUGAUAGCUCCAACUCCAAAUUACAAUCCUAAUCGUCCUGCUGAAGGACACAUCAAUCCCAACCCUGAGGGAUCCGAUAUUCUUGCUCCAACUUCUCCUGGAUUUGGUAGUGGGCUUUUCUAGUUAAUUAAUUUCUUUGUGUUGAAUGGUAGCCACAGUUUAAGUUCUCUUUAUGGCUCUAUUAUAACGUAUUUUGGCUUUUGAGUUGGU